AAGGAAGUGAGAGGGAGCCGCUGAAGGAGGAACUGGGACCAGCAGGCAGCGAGGAGGCCGAGCAGGGUCAUGCCCGAGCCGCCCCCGGGGGCCCUGUGAGAGUCACCUGGUGUUCCUGACAGUCGCCAGCCCCCACCAUGGGCAGCAAGGAGCGCUUCCACUGGCAAAGCCACAAUGUGAAGCAGAGCGGGGUGGACGACAUGGUGCUGCUGCCCCAGAUCACCGAGGACGCCAUCGUGAGCAACCUCCGGAAGCGCUUCAUGGACGACUACAUCUUUACCUACAUCGGCUCCGUGCUCAUCUCUGUAAAUCCGUUCAAGCAGAUGCCCUACUUUACUGACCGCGAGAUCGACCUCUACCAGGGCGCGGCCCAGUAUGAGAAUCCACCACACAUUUACGCCCUCACCGACAACAUGUACCGGAACAUGCUCAUCGACUGUGAGAACCAGUGCGUCAUCAUCAGUGGAGAGAGUGGAGCUGGGAAGACAGUGGCUGCCAAGUACAUCAUGGGCUACAUCUCCAAGGUGUCUGGCGGGGGACAGAAGGUCCAGCACGUCAAGGACAUCAUCCUGCAGUCCAACCCACUGCUGGAAGCCUUUGGCAAUGCCAAGACUGUGCGCAACAACAACUCCAGCCGUUUUGGCAAGUACUUUGAGAUCCAGUUCAGCCGCGGCGGGGAGCCAGACGGGGGCAAGAUCUCCAACUUCCUGCUGGAAAAGUCACGCGUGGUCAUGCAGAAUGAGAACGAGAGGAACUUCCACAUCUACUACCAGCUGCUGGAAGGAGCCUCCCAGGAGCAGCGCCAGAAUCUGGGGCUCAUGACGCCCGACUACUAUUACUACCUCAACCAAUCAGACACCUAUAAGGUGGACGGCACCGAUGACCGCAAUGACUUCAGUGAGACCCUGAGCGCCAUGCAGGUCAUCGGGAUCCCGCCCAGCGUGCAGCAGCUGGUCCUGCAGCUUGUGGCUGGGAUCUUACAUCUGGGAAACAUCAGCUUCUGCGAAGAGGGGAAUUACGCCCGGGUGGAAAGCGCGGACCUCCUGGCUUUCCCCGCCUACCUGCUGGGCAUCGACAGCGGCCGGCUGCAGGAGAAGCUGACUAGCCGCAAGAUGGACAGCCGCUGGGGCGGGCGCAGCGAGUCCAUUGACGUGACCCUCAAUGUGGAGCAGGCAGCCUACACCCGCGACGCGCUGGCCAAGGGGCUCUACGCCCGCCUCUUCGACUUCCUGGUGGAGGCCAUCAACCGCGCGAUGCAGAAGCCUCAGGAAGAGUACAGCAUAGGCGUGCUUGACAUCUACGGCUUCGAGAUCUUCCAGAAAAAUGGCUUUGAGCAGUUCUGCAUCAACUUCGUCAACGAAAAACUGCAGCAGAUCUUCAUCGAGCUCACCCUGAAGGCCGAGCAGGAGGAAUAUGUACAAGAGGGCAUCCGCUGGACCCCUAUUGAGUACUUCAACAACAAAAUCGUCUGCGACCUCAUCGAAAACAAGCUGAGCCCCCCGGGCAUCAUGAGCGUGCUGGACGACGUGUGCGCCACCAUGCACGCCACGGGCGGCGGCGCCGACCAGACGCUGCUGCAGAAGCUGCAGGCGGCCGUGGGCACCCACGAGCACUUCAACAGCUGGAGCGGCGGCUUCGUCAUCCACCACUACGCAGGCAAGGUCUCCUACGACGUCAGCGGCUUCUGUGAGAGGAACCGGGAUGUUCUCUUCUCAGACCUGAUAGAGCUGAUGCAGACCAGUGAGCAGGCCUUCCUCCGGAUGCUCUUCCCCGAGAAGCUGGACACAGACAAGAAGGGCCGCCCCAGCACCGCCGGCUCCAAGAUAAAGAAACAAGCCAACGACCUGGUGGCCACCCUGAAGAGAUGCACACCCCACUACAUCCGCUGUAUCAAGCCCAACGAGACCAAGAGGCCCCGAGACUGGGAAGAGAGCAGGGUGAAGCACCAGGUGGAGUACCUGGGCCUGCGGGAGAACAUCCGGGUGCGUAGAGCCGGCUUCGCCUACCGCCGCCAGUUCGCCAAGUUCCUGCAGAGGUAUGCCAUCCUGACCCCCCAGACCUGGCCGCACUGGCGUGGGGACGAACGCCAAGGCGUCCAGCACCUGCUUAGGGCCGUCAACAUGGAGCAGGACCAGUACCAGAUGGGGGGCACCAAAGUCUUCGUCAAGAACCCUGAGUCGCUUUUCCUCCUGGAGGAGAUGCGAGAGCGGAAGUUUGACGGCUUCGCCCGCACCAUCCAGAAGGCCUGGCGGCACCAUGUGGCCAUACGCAAGUACGAGGAGAUGCGGCAGGAAGCUUCCAGCAUCCUGCUCAAUAAGAAGGAGCGGAGGCGAAACAGCAUCAACCGCAACUUUGUCGGGGACUACCUGGGGCUGGAGGAGCGGCCGGAGCUGCGCCAGUUCCUGGGCAAGAGGGAGCGAGUAGACUUCGCUGACUCGAUCACCAAGUAUGACCGCCGUUUCAAGCCCAUCAAACGAGACCUGAUCCUGACCCCCAAGCAUGUGUAUGUGAUCGGGCGAGAGAAGGUGAAGAAGGGCCCCGAGAAGGGCCAGGUGCGGGAAGUCCUGAAGAAAAAGGUGGAGCUCCAGACCUUGCGGGGAGUGUCGCUCAGCACCCGGCAGGACGACUUCUUCAUCCUCCGUGAGGACGCGGCCGACAGCUUCCUGGAGAGUAUCUUCAAGACCGAGUUCCUCAGCCUGCUGUGCAAGCGCUUCGAGGAGACGGCGCGCAGGCCCCUGCCCCUCACCUUCAGCGACACACUACAGUUCCGGGUGAAGAAGGAGGGCUGGGGCGGAGGCGGCACCCGCAGCGUCACCUUCACUCGCGGCUCGGGCGACCUGGCUCUGCUCAAAGCCAGCGGCAAGAGCCUCACGGUCAGCGUCGGAGACGGACUGCCCAAGAGCUCCAAGCCUACGCGGAAGGGAAUGCCCCAGGGGACACACCGAAGGCCAGCCCAGGCCUCGAGAGGGGCAGCCCCCGGGCCGCCCAGAGCCCUGGACCGAAACGGGGUGCCUCCCUUAGCCAGAGGAGGCCCCUUGGCCCUGGAUAUCACUCCUGGAAGGAGCUCCCAGCGGCCACCCCAGGGUCCUCCGUCCUCCCCACUGGGGGCCAGCAGACGGCACCGGGCUCGGCCACCCUCAGAGCACAACACAGAAUUCCUCAACGUGCCCGACCAGGGAAUGGCGGGCAUGCAGAGGAAGCGCAGCAUAGGACAGAGACCUGUGCCCGGUGUAGGCCGACCCAAACCUCAGCCACGGUCGCACGGCCCGAGAUGCCGGGCAUUGUACCAGUACAUAGGCCAAGACGUGGACGAGCUCAGCUUCAACGUGAAUGAAGUCAUUGAGAUCCUCUUGGAAGAUCCCUCAGGCUGGUGGAAGGGCCGGCUACACGGCCAGGAGGGCCUCUUCCCGGGAAACUAUGUGGAGAAGAUCUGACUUGGGGCCUGGGACCAUGUCCUUCUCAGGAGAGCAGAUGUUGCCAGCAGGAGCUGCGAUGUCCUCAGCUACUUCGGCCACAAUGCUUAAUCCCAGGGCCUCUGUUCCAGCCCCUGGAUCUGGGAGUGCCUGCUGCAACAACCCCUCCUGAGCCCUGAUCUCCUCCACUUGUUGCCCAAGCCUCUAUUUCUUCUUGUGUCAAACAGGAUUAAGCUGGGUGUGGUAGGGGCAUGCUUGUCUUCCAGCUUUUUGGGAGGCUGAGUCAGGAGAAUCUCCAGUGUCAACCCAGACUGGGCAAUCUAGCAAGACCUUGUCUUAAAAAGGGGGAAAUAGGGCCGGGGAUUUAGCUCAGUGGUGUAAGUGCCUGCCUUGCAAGCGCAGUCAUGAGUUCGAUCCCUGGUACCAAAAAAAGCGGGGGGGGGGGGGGGGCUGGAGAUGGGGUUCAGUGGUAGAGCGCUUACCUAGCAGGCAUGAGGCCCUGGGUUCCAUCCCUAGGACUGCAAGAAAACACAGCCAAACAAAUCAAAAGCAGGACUGAUAAGAACCUACCUCCUGGCUGCUUUGUGUACAAAAUGAAUUGUCUUAUCUUAUUGAUGAAGUGCUGGGCAUGAGGCAAAGGUGGAGGACUUUGAUUGGUGUGACUUCGCUCUCCUCUCAUCAUCCAGACAAUACACAUAUGGGAAGCACAA